CUCGAGUUUGUCGAGACUCGCAACUUGUGGUGGAGUUAAUGAGACUCAUCAAAAUUGUUACCGGAUGAGACUCGGAAUCGGCAUCACCGUCCGGAAGGCCGACGCCGAUAAUUUAUGGGCCUCCGAUGUCGGUGGGGGCGAGCUCUCGCCGGAAACCUUUGGCCCACCCGGUGAGCACGCUUCACCUGCUUUCGGUAAUUAGUCAUUCAUCUUGCCUGAACCACCGACAAGCAUUUCCAGUUCGAAACCUUCAUCAUUCGUUACCAACGAAGCGGACUUUCUGCCUUCUCAAGACAAUCGAAAGACACUGCGCCGGCUGACCAACGCUCACUGCAAUCGCUCCCCGAAGCCUAUUUGUGAUGGAAGAGUACGUAGAUCCGCGCGAUCUCACAUCAUUCUCUCUUCCGACGGGGGGUGGCAAAGGUCUGAUAGGCGAUAUUGGCCUGCAGCCAGUCUCCGACGAAAGUAAAAUCUACCCUUCUCCUCAGACCAAACAGUCUUCAACAGGUUCCGGUGUGAGCCCUCCCAACCGCACAGAUACAGCUGGUACCCAGACCAAACCCGAUGGCAGAUUUUCUCAUGCAGCAGUCAAGCACCUGAGGGCGUGGUAUGACAGCCAUUCCGACCACCCAUACCCUAGCCCUGAAGACGUGCACCACAUCGGUAACCACGUGGGUCUUAGCAGACAGCAGAUACGAGGUUGGUUUGCCAACUCAAGACGCCGCGCCAAGAUUCGUUCCGGCACCGUUGCCGGAAGAUCAGGCGCUGAUGUCGAUACUGCAUUACCGCGGAACAUCCCCCAACGGCGUCCUACACCUACUCCGCAUCAACAUCUAAACCCCCUUCAGCGGUGGGAGCAUUCUCCUCCGAGUGAUGAGGCAGCGUCCUUGUCUGACAUUUCCAACGCAAUUGCUCUUUCUGGUGGACAUACCGACCAACUGACGAACCCUGAAGUAUCUUUCGACCCUGUUCGGACCCCAGGCAGCGUUGUCACCUCACAAUCCAGCGCCGGAUCAGGCUCCUACAGCUCAGCACACUCGCAAGGGUCUCAAAACUCGUUUGGAUCUCGCGAGAGAACGAGAAAGGCUGCAGCAAAAAGAAGGCGACCAGCUCGCUAUCUGUCUAGCAAGGAACAGAGCCACACCUAUCAAUGCACGUUUUGUCCCAAGAGCUUCAAGAGCAAGUACGAUUGGCAACGUCACGAGAAGUCGGUUCAUCUACCUUUCGAGCAGUGGGUAUGCACACCCCAAGGACCUAGAACCGAUCAUCCUCGCAAAGGUUUCAUUUGCUCGUACUGCGGAGAGACCGACCCCGACCAAGCUCACCUGACUAGACACAAUGACGAGGCAUGCUUUGGCCGGCCGCUUGACGAGCGGACAUUCUACCGGAAGGACCAUCUCAUUCAGCACCUUCAGACUGUGCACAAGGUAUCACAUAACGAGCAGCUGAUGCGAUCGUGGAUGGUCGUUCGUCAGGACAUCCGCUCCCGAUGUGGGUUCUGUGAUGCUUGGCUCGAGUCUUGGGCCGAGAGAACGGACCAUUUGGCUAGGCACUUCAGACAUAACAAGACUAUGGCGGAUUGGGACGGAGAUUGGGGCUUCGACCCUGCGAUCACUGACUUGCUGGAGAACACUAUGCCGCCUUAUUUAAUACCCUACGAGAAGAGGACUGCUAUGCCCUUCCCAGAAGCGGGACGCCUAGCAGGAGCCCGACCUAAUGCGCACCAACUUGUCAAAGAGGAGAUUGCUCUCUACAUUCAAAGCCACUUUGACAAAGAAGGAGAUUUCCCCUGCGAUCAAGGCCUCUGCCGGCUAGGUCAAUCUGUGAUCCAGGCUGCAGAAAGGAUUUGGGGAACAUCACCGAGUGCCCCCUCAUCUUGGCUUCGGGAUAUUCUCAUCCCCGCCAACUUGGUUAAGCUUGACGGAGAGGUCGAUAUUGGAAACCCGCACCAUAUUCAGUCGCCUCUAUCUUUGGAUUCAGGAGAAGGCAUCUUCGAGAACUGCCCUUUAGAGGACCAGCUUCGAAGAUUCGUCAGAAUGCAUCACACACUCGGCCGCGAAUGUCCAGAUCACGACAUACAAAGCGAGGCCUGUCGUAUUCUCAACCAGAUUGAAGGCACUUCGCUCUUUACAUCCAGGCAUGUGCUGGGCUUCCUGACACGUCUUAUUUGGGAAUCUACUGAGUGGAUCUACCCACUGCGGAGGCGUGCGAAGAAGGACUUGCUCGAUAUCCAUCCCGAAGAGAUCUCUAACGGGCAAGAUGUAGUGCGCUUAGGCGCAGGUCUUACUGAAAUGGGCGCGCAAUGGUUCACACCUCAGGCGAGUAGCUUAUCGACCGGAUCUUCCUCCCCAGAUCCCGCGGGCACCUCCAUGGAGCUGGCCGAAUGUCGAAUAUGGAGACCUCAAGUUGCGGGUGACCAUGAUUUUACCAAUUCUCCGGCUUCCCACCCUCGUCUAAUUUUGUCUUCGGCGCCGAAACCUCCUAACGUCACCGACUUCCACCCCGACUAUAGUCAUGCAUUCGGUGUUGAUGUGGGCGUAAACUUGUGGACUUCGCUGCGGAUGCCGUCAGAUCAUUUCAUCCAUUCUGGCUUUACGCUCAUCGGGAGAAACACGCUCGUGCGUGCCUCGUCAGCUAAGGACUCUUACAGCGACAGCGCUUAUCAACGACUAGCAAGAGAACUUGCUCUUUACGUGAUGAAGACUACGUCACCUAAUAACCCCGAGCGACACGUGCCGACAGAUGAUGAACUCAGGUAUCAGGGAAGAUGGAUCUUGUUCGACGAGUUGAGUGUUAUUCGAACUGAAAGACCGUCAGUAUCAUCAUUGCUAACAGCGUGUAUCUUAGCGACGAUCCAUUGAAUGAGACUCCGGCGGAUAAUGCAUUAUGGCUUGAGGAGUUCAAGCGUGAUGUUGGUCUUUCUUUCGCUCCGACGCAGGCAGGCGAAGUGAUUUAAAAGGCACAGUGUUGUCCAGAAUCUCCUACCUUAUGGCACGAAAACAUAUCACAAUGUAGCUAGGCGCUUUUUAAUGGCUACUUAGAAGAUCCUUCCCACAUAAUCAAUUCCGCAUCCAUCGGUUGCGUGAACACGGGUUCCGUGCGGUUUUGCAAUCAGAAUAGGGAAUAUAUGAUUGUUCCAACGUAUGGACGUCGGUCCACUAGCGACGUAGAGGUUUCGUCAUCAUCCAAGGUGUGUGCAUCUAUACAUUA